AUGCACUGCGGAGCGAGCCCUGCCAUCCAAAGAUCCCAUGGAUAUGCGGUGACGUUGUACAAAAAGCCCCCGGUCCUGAAGAGUUGUUGGGAAUGCGGCAUGAACUGCAAAGACUGCAUUGAAAGCACACAGCGGAUGUGCACAAGAUGCGGUGGUGGAUACUGCCUCAUCCACAAUGAAGGAUCUGAUAUGAUUUCUUGUGAUUGUAAGCCUUUCUUUAGUGUCUAGAACACAUCGCUGUCAUCUUGACCUGUUGGAGUAACUUUACUAAACUACCAAUGUUGUAGGGUGUGUAGGACGAAGCAGACGAUUCCGGGAGCUCUACUGAGAGUUUGCGAGCUUUCUUGGGCUUCUAUUCUACGCCCAGAUGUUUUGAACCUUCUAGUAUUGGAAACACUCCCCUCUCGGGUCCAUACCUAACAACAGCCCGGUCAUCAAAUAAGAUUCCUCUUUUGCUCGGACCUAACUGGCGUUCCCGGUCCCACAACUCCGCUCUUCCCUUCCUUUUCCAUAUCAUUGUCUGAAACGAUAUGGUUUCUUGGUACAAUCGGUACUUGUAUUUGGAGGCCACAAAAGAACACAAGGGAAAGCAGGUCGCUUGACGACUUUCAACUGUAUUUAUCUCACCUCUGUAUGAUUGAUGAUCAAAUGAUACCCUGCCAGCGUGACCCCAAA